CAUAUCAAACAUUUAAGAUUUGAUACAACAAAAAUGGCAAAUAAGAUUUACCAUAAACAUUUUACCCAUCCUAUUAUCUUUUUUAUUGCUUCAGUCUUUGUGUUGGAAUCAUUAACAACUACAACUGCCCUUUUCGGGCCUAUGACACAACCUCCCACUUCCCCCGCCACCGUACCGGUAAGUGUACGAAAAAGGAGAGACAAGCUCUUCUUCAUUUCAAAUCAUACAUUCAUUACGACCCUUAUGGCAUUCUCACUACAUGGACACCUGGAGAAGAAGAAAAAGUAGCAACCAAUGAUUGUUGUUACUGGAGGGGAGUCACGUGCAACAACCAAUCCCGUGUCACAAGCCUUGACCUGAGCUAUGGAUUUCUUGAAGGCAAGAUUAGUCCUUCAUUGCUUAACUUAAGCUACUUGAAUUAUCUUGAUCUUUCUUUCAAUUCAUUUAAUGGAACGAUGCCCAUGUUCAUUGGUUCCAUGACCCAAUUAAGGUAUCUUAACCUUGGUUUGAAUUAUUUUAAUGGAACCAUUCCUUCAGAACUUGGAAACCUCACAAACUUGCAAGAGCUUUCACUUGAAUCUCUAAGUAAUUGCACAAUUGAAAACCUAGACUGGCUGUCUCACCUUUCUCAGUUGGAUAGACUUGACAUGUCAGGUACAUCUCUGGGCAAAGUAGACAACUGGGUAAAUGUGAUUUCAAGUCUUAAAAAACUAUCUUCUUUAGACUUAGAUAGAUGUGACCUCUCCCAUGUGAUGCACCCGUAUUCUUAUUCAUAUGUCGACUCUUCUUUUUCUUCAUCUAUUGUUCACCUUAGUCUCACAGAAAACAAUCUCAUCCAUGUAUCCCUGGUAGUUCCCUUUAACUAGCAAUGCACUUGAAUAUCUUGAUCUCUCUGGGAACAUGUUAGAUGGGAUUCCCAAAUAUCUUGGAAAUCUCUGUGGUUUGACAUCUUUGUAUCUCUGUAGUAACUUAAUGCCUAUCAAAUUACCUGAUUUUCUGAGUAACUUGUCUGGGUGCACAUCAGUUAAUUUACAACAUUUAUAUGCCACAUCUAGCCAAUUCACAGGGUCAUUGUCAGAUGAUAUUCAAAAAUUUUCAUCCCUACAAUGGCUAAUUCUUUCUGAUAAUGAGUUAGAUGGAACUAUAAGUGAUAAGGUGUGGCAACUACCCAAGCUUCAAACACUAUACGCUUCUUCCAAUUUACUUAAAGGUGCCAUCUCCGAAAAUAUUGAAAAGUCAAAUAUUUUAUAUGUUGAUCUUUCAAACAAUUCACUCGAAGGAGUUCCUUUAGAAUCUAAAAUGUCAAACAUUUCCAGCAUAGAAGUUAUUGACUUGAGUUCUUGCAAGCUAGGACCUCGUUUCCCCAAAUGGAUUCAAACAAUGAAAAAUCUUUCGAGUAUUGAUCUUUCCGAUACUCGAAUUUCAGAUAACAUUCCAGAGGACUUUUGGAAAUCGUGGCCUUCUCGUUUAAGAUAUUUGAAUAUCUCUUUCAACAAUAUUACCGGGAUAGUAACAGAUAUGUUAUCAAAUUUUGACCCUGUAGUUUCUUCUACCAUAGAUUUGAGUUCCAACAACUUUUAUGGUUACGAAAUGUUCCUUCCGGUUUGGAAGUGUUAGACCUCUCAAAAAAUAAUUUAUCUGGACAAAUCUUCUUUUUGUGCCAAAUUAAGGAUGGGUCUUUGUCCUUUCUUGAUCUUUCACACAACGCAUUCACUGGGCCCAUUCCAGACUGUUUGUGGCAUUUUACAAGCCUAAGAAUUCUUAGUCUAGAAUAUAACAAUCUAUCUCGAAGGCUUCCUAUUUCUAUCAAGUUUUUGAUAAAGCUUGAGGUCUUGUAUUUAUGCAAUAACAACUUCUCGGGAAAAUUGCCCUUAUCUUUAAAGAAUUUAACCAAGUUAACCUUUUUGAAUUUGGGGGCCAACAAGUUUUCUGGUUACGUGCCUGGUUGGAUCGGGGAAAGGUUAUCGAGAUUGUAUACUCUAAUCUUAGCAUCAAAUAAAUUCAUUGGAACCAUCCCUUCACAUUUAUGUCAGCUGGAAGAUCUACAAAUUCUAGAUUUGUCGAUGAAUAAACUUCAAGGAGCCAUUCCCUCGUGUCUUGGUAAUCUCACUUCCAUGGUUCAAGAUGGAUUAACAGAAUCCCAAAAUCUGCAUUCUGUUUACGGUAUUGGGGGCGUGUAUGUUGACCGUUCCAUGAUCAAGUGGCAAGGAAGUUUGCGUGAAUUUGGAAGCACUCUAGAACUGGUAAAGAUCAUCAAUUUAUCAAGCAACAAUUUAACAGGAAAAAUCCCGGAUAACCUAACCGAUCUUCAUAAUUUGAUUGCACUCGACUUGUCAAUGAACGCUCUUGUUGGAGAGAUCCCAUCAAACAUUGGUGAGAUGAAAGAACUUCUAAUUUUGGAUCUAUCUAGAAACAAUCUUAGAGGAGGACUACCAUCAAGCAUGUCUCAAAUGACCUUGCUAAACUAUCUAGAUGUGUCGUAUAAUAGCCUGUCAGGAAGAAUUCCAUCUAGCACUCAACUCCAGUCCUUUGAACCUUCAAGGUACACCGGAAAUGCAGGACUAUGCGGACUUCCCCUGUCCAAAUAUUGUCCAGGAGAUAAAGAAUUAGAAGGUCCACCCGUCGCUCGUGAAAAUAUGGAUGACGGGGAAGAAAGAUGGUUUUAUAUCGGAGGGGCCAGUGGUUUUGUUACCGGAUUUUGGAUGGUGUGUAUUGCUUUAAUUGUUAAUCGCCGUGGGAGACAUGCUUUUUUUCACGUCAUGAAUAGCCUUGAAAAUUGGGUUUAUGUGAAAGUGAUGGUGUUCACUGCAAAAGUGCGAAGGGUUUGAUAUCCAUAGUUGUAUUGUAUGUUGGAUUUCAUUCUUGUUUUUGUGUGUUGUGUUUAUUUCUUCUUGUUCUCAAUUAUGGAUGCACGUAUAGUAUUGUAAAAUGUAAUGCUCUAUUAAGUUUUAAGUCUGUUUGAUGAAUAAAAUUGCCACCAACACCAUGGGUGGCCAUUUCGGUUUGUUGUGUCAAAUAGGACAUUAUGCUAUAUUGUGUAUAAACACGACUUGCAACUACUAGUACAAGCCCAAAGACAAGAAGAGCCUUAAUGAUUUAUUGAUAAACAGGGCUGUGAACAGGGCUACCCUGUUGUUUACAUCAACAUUGUUGGUUAAUGUUGUUAGUUAAGCUAGAAAGUUCUGUUAGUGCCUAAUACGUAAUUAUUAGAAGUAGAAGGUUAGAUUUGGAAGUAUUGUAGUCAUUCGUUGUUCAUAAGAUUAUUAUGUUUUGCUAGUUUAUUGGUAGCAAGGCUCUGUUUUGAAGAACAAAUUGAAAGAAGACUGUGAUUAAUUUCGCAGGAAGAAGAACAGUAUAAGCGAUUUUGCGAACCCCAAUCAGCAUAUUCUUCAACUAUUGAGUAUCUCUGUAAGCUUUCAUCAAUUGAAUCUUGUAUGUGUUUCGAUUGUUUUUGUCAUGCUUACAAGGUGUUCGAUGAAAUGCCAGUGCUUUAUUUUGAUGUUAUUUUGCUACUUCCUUUGUACUAAAUCAGGUAUAUGAUACAAAUCAAAGCUUUAGGUUAAUGUAUGAGGUAACAUUGCUUUUCUAAGACAAUUUUAAAACACAUGUGGCUGCAGAAUUAUACUUGGGACCCAUUUGUUUGAUUAAACA